GAUUCAAUCACUGCUUUCAAAAGGAAAUUGGAUAAGCAGCUGAAAGGAAAUAUUUCAGGACUACAGGGAAAGCGAAGGGGAUUGGGACUAGCAGAGCACUUAUAUGUAGACAGCUGGCAUAAACAUAUCAGGCUGAAAACCCUCCUUUGUGUAUGCUGUCAGAAGUGCUGAGUUCUACCUGAAAUUUCCUUAUGUACAGUUUGCCUUUAGCUGCUGUCCUCCUGAAAGUGAGCUUGUCAGAUUUGGCACCUAAUUGACAUGGCGAUGGCAGAUUUAUUGAACUAGAUUAAAAUACUCUGGUGUGAACCCAUAACCUCUGAAUUAUUAGCACUGACCUCUGCAUCUUAGGUCCUGGAACGAAAAACUAGAUCAUCUCCCAGUCUGAUGUCUCAACAGCUUCCUGACUGACAUGCUGGUAAUCCCUGGACUGCACUUGCAGGAUUGACCAUGGCCCAAUCCCAAACAAGGGCUCUACAGGACUGAAAAAGGCCAACUCCCCAGAAACUGAUACCAGCCUAAAUAAAUGGCAACAACUAUUGUGUAUACCAAAUUCACAAAAACGUGAGAGUGAAAAUAAUUAUCCCAUGCAAACUGGCUCAUGAAUUUCCCGGAAAACAUCAGGGAACAACUGAAAGCUGCUUAAAGCAAUUGAAAUGACUGGAUUUCAAACAGAAAAGUCUCGGACCUGUAUAAAGUAUCUCAUGUUCCUGUCCAAUACUUUAAUUUUUGCAGGGGGGAUAUGUCUGCUGGGAGUUGGCAUCUGGGUUACAACAAAUGCCAAUGGCUUCAAGAACAUUGUGACUUCAAACCCGUUGAUCUAUACUGGGGCUUACAUCAUCCUGUCAGUCGGGGUAAUUCUCUUCUUCCUAGGGUGCUUAGGUUGCUGGGGAGCCAUCCGAGAGAGCAAACAACUGCUUAUGACUUUUUUGCUAUUGAUUCUGAUCAUUUUCAUCCUGGAGUUAGUUGCAGCUGUCCUUGCACUAGUCUUCAGAAAACAGAUACGAAAAGAUUACUUCUUAAAGGAAUUGCAGAUGAAGUACAAAGGAGACAAUUCCACAGAUGCAUUUUCAAAAACCUGGAACACCAUUAUGAUGGAUUUUUCCUGCUGUGGUGUAAAUGGGCCUCAAGAUUUUGGACAGAAUUCCACUUUUCAUGAACUCUUCCCCAAUAUGCUGUUACCUGAAGCAUGUUGUAAGAAGAACAAAACAGCGCUUGUCUUCCUGGACAAGAACAGAUGUUUUCAGGGAGGUGCUGGCUACAUAAACAGCAAGGGAUGUUUCUCAAUGAUUGCAAAGAAUUUUCGGAAUUAUGUCCAUCUGGUUGGAGCAUUUAGUAUACUAGUGCUUUUAAUUGAGCUUGUUGCUAUGGCUUUUACUACCUUUGUGUACCAGACCUACAACUAACAAUGGCAAUUGUCAGGCAGAAGAUGCAUACAAAUCACUUUUGAACGAAGGGAGAGGAGAAACCUGACAACAAGAAACACAGGACAACAGGACAAUUACUGUGGUGGAAGUGCAGAGCCAGCUAUGAUUUAGCCAAAAUGCAUUUAAAUGACAAUGUGAAAUUGAGUUUGAAAAGGAGUGAAGCAAACCUUAAUAAUGACAAAGGACAUUCCAGCCAUUUUUAUAUUGUCCACUCAGUUAUUAUAAUUGUAAUUAUUGUAAUUAUAAUCUCUGUUUUGUCCUGUUAAGAAUGUGCUACUUAACUAUUUAACAGUGUUGCUGCCCAUUUUUAAAUGGCUGUGUAGUGAGGUACAAAUGUAAUGUUGAGCUAAUUAUAUUACAGUGUAAUAGAUAAGUAUUGUGAUAUGAAUAUUCAUAUUUCUUCAAUGUGAUAUCUCAGUUGUAUUUUUGACUUUACAGAUGAACCUCUGUAGUGAAUAUCUUUUUAAAGCUUCCCUUUUAAUUUAUUAUACCCUCUAGUUUGCAAUUUAAACCUCCCCUUUAUCCUUCUUCACACCUUUGUGCUUUUGAGGUGGAAGUGCAUGCAACAGGCAUUAUGUGGGUCACCUUGUUAAUUUCUGUUUUCAAGCAACUCACACACCCUACCCUUCAAAUCCCUCCCCAUUCCCCACUGUUAUGCCAAUCCCACACACCAUCCCUCCUCCACCUACCAGUGAAAAUUCACUUUGUCAACCAGCCCAUUUGUGCUUGUUCGCUAGGGUAGGAGGUUGUUAUGUCAUGCUUCCUGUGCUUGAUCUGCAGGUAACAUUAAUAUUAUUAAUACAGCAGUAACAAGCAACAACAACCCCAAUGUAUAUUUGCUAUUGUGAUUGUGGAAGCUGUGUUGCUUUCCAUGAAGAUUUUCUUAACGGAGGGAACUGUUCUGUUAUUUAGUCACGCUCUGAUCCUAUGUCACUUCCUUAGUUUGUGGAAGCCAAUUUUUCUGCAUAGUGUCUAAAGGCAGCAGCAGAGGCAUAGACCUUGAUUAUAUACUAUUUAUUGUGCUACGCAAAUAGGAUCCUGUUGCCAAAGUUAGACAGUCCUCCACACAUUGAACACUUUUUAAAAUAUCUAAGAAAAGCAGAACUGGGCCAGAAUGAGGUAAAAAUUGCACAGCUCACAGUGGGUAAUAGCAUUAGGAGUGGAUGUUUGAAACUUUCCUUAUUAUUGCUUCCAGGGAAAUCAUCAAUAUGCCUUUUGAAUUUUUAUCCUAAUUUUUUUAUGACCUGUGCACCCGAGCAAGUCACUUGAAUAUCUGAUACCAGGGUCAUCAAUUGGAAUUUUACAAACUUAAAGCAUACAAGAUGAUGGUGCAAUGCAUCUAUUCUCUUACAGCAACUUGCUUAUAAACAGUUUAACUUAUGCUGUCUUUCUUCUGACCUACUUCCCUUUUAAAAACAGACAUUGCUCCAGUUUUAUGAAACUAUUGGAGAUCCUAAAUAUAUAAGACAAUGGCAGAUACAAUACGAACCACAACUUUACAAACACACAUUCUGUUAAGGCUAGCAGCUUGGUCCAUUUUAUAAUUAUUCUUACAUUUAAUUCCAUAUAUUACAUUUUAGCACCAUCUCUAUGUAACAGCACUGGUUCAUCAUCUAUGGUGGUGGAAAUCAAUGCAAAGUAACCAUUCAGCCAUAUCUUGGAAACUCAAACCAAAAAUGUCCUGCGGUGACCUUUUGCCUUGCUUUCAGUUGUCCAUAAACUUCAUUUCCAUUAAUAGUAAUCUUUUGCCAAAAUAGUGAUCUAUUAUUAAUGCCCAAUGGAUUAGAAAUCCAGGCUGAUACAGUGGAGAUUGUGGUUCCAUUGCAGCUGAUGGAAUUUAAAUUCAGUUAAUAAAAUCUUGAAUUUAAAGCAAGUCUCAGUAAUGGUGACCGUAAGCCCAUCAUUGAUUGCCAUAUUUAAAAAAAUGGUUUACUGAUAUCCUUGAGGGAAGGAAAUCUACCAUCCCUACAUAGUUUGGCCUACAGAUGUCUCCAGAUUGACAGCGAUGUGGUUGACUCUUUAGUGCUUUCUGAAAUAACCAGCAAGUCUCUCAGUUCAACAGCUGUUAGGAGGGGACAAAUGUUGGACUGGGCAACGGAACCCACAUCCCAUUAAAGAAUAAAAAAAUGGCAACAAAUUUUGGUUCUCUCAACUGAAUCAGAAUUCGUUUGGCAGUUAUCCUCCUUGCAUCUGUUAAAAUAUUUCUGCUUCAAUCUAAUUAGCUCUGAUCAGCAUCAUUUAGUCACUUUGGUUUUGCCUUGUCACUUGGGUUUUUCCCAAGUAUUUCUUUAAAAUUCUCAAGCUGACUCCACUUGAGGUAACUCUCAAAAUGUUAUGACAAACUAAGCUGUGGAAGCUGAAUAAGGAACUACGUCUUAGAACUAGGAAAAAGCAGAUUGCAGACUGAUGUCUGGAAUUACUUCAUGAGAGGAGUAAUCACUCGAUUUUGAAUGAACAGUGACGUAAAAGAGAUAGUACUCUCUUGUGAUUUAUCAUGCUGUUGGCUUCUGUAAUAGUAUGCAAGGGAGGGAAAUUAACUGAAUUCAUAUUUUGCAACUUAGGUUGUCUCACAUUUGGCAAAUAUAGAAGCAGUCAUUCAAUUCAAUUACAAACAUCUUGUGUGAUUUAUUCAAAUGUGUUUCUGAUUACUAACUUGUGCUAAUAUUAGUUACAUAAUUAAUUGUUUCUUAUUCCCCAUUGGUGAUUUACAACUUGGAGUUGGAAUCACUUGUAAUUGGAAGCGGAGUACAACAAGGGUGUUGUUUAUUACAAGUGCUCUUCAAUGUCAAUGACAAAGCAAUGAUUAAAGAAGUGCUUGAAGACGCACAAUCUGGUAUCUAGAUUGGGCAAUGACUGAUAACAUUAGUUCGACUUGCGUGUGGCUCAAAGAUGGAAAAAAGUUACAGUGCUUGUAGUUAGAUUGCUAACAGCAGUCAGGAUCUUGGGAAUGAAAAUGAACAUUGACAAAAUCAAAAUGAUUCGUGUCUCAAAAUUGCUAAAAAAAUUCAUAUUUCAUUAAAAAGAAGAGAACCAAAACAGAUGCAAGAAUUCAAAUAUCUGGAAAGCAAUAACAUCUGCAGUUAGAAAGUUCAAUAAAGAAAUAAGAACAAGGACGGCAAUAGGAAAGGGCGUAGCUGUUAAAAAGAGGAGGUGGCUAACCAGAAAGCUGAAUGUGAUUUGCAGACAGCUUGAUUUCCAGGAUUGUUUUGUAUGGAUGUGAGAUGAGGACAUAGUGGAAAGAGGGGACCAACUUUCCAAAUAGUUUUGAAAUACAGAUUUGGAGGAGAAUGAAAAGGAUCUGCUGGACAGAGAAAAAUAAUCAGUGAUGAAGUAUGGUGUUAGUGAAUGAAGAAAGAAAUUUGUUGAACAUGACUGGGGAAAAGCAGGGAGCCAGGUCCGGAUGGUGGCUCAAUGGAUAGCACUGCUGCUUCAUGGCACCUGGGACCUGGGUUUGAUUCCAUCCUUGGGCAACUGUCUGUGUGGAGUUUGUGCAUUCUCCCUGUGUCUACAUGGGUUUCCUCUGGGUGCUAUGGUUUCCUCCCAUAGUCCAAAGAUGUGCAGAGUAGGUGGGUGGGCCAUAGGGUAAUGCAGGGUUACAAGGACUGGAUAGCGGGUGUGGGUCCAGAUUGGAUGCUCUUGGGAGGUUUGGAUGGGCUGAAUGGCCUUCUUCCACAGUAGGAAUUCUUUGAUCUGAAGAGGAAAAGGGCUUGUAAAAGAUGGUAUGGAGGGAAGGUCUCAAGGAAAAAGUGAAAGGAAGAGAACAUGAAUGUCAGAUGUUUAGACAAUUGAAGGAAGUUAUUUGUAAUUUAAAAUAAUGCGGCCUGGAAACACAUGGAAAGACUAUCACAAGCCAUGGUCCUGCUCCUAGGCAAUGUAUACAUUAUGCUAAUAUAAUUAAUUGGGUUUUGUUACUGGUUUGAAGCUAUUUAUGGACCUGUUCUGUCUAAAUCUUCAAAAAGAGAAACAUUUUAAUCAUACUUUCACACUGCAGUUGCAAACCGUUAUAAUUUACUGUAUAGGCACUAACUAAUGUUACCAUUGGUUGUAUAAAAAAGUUACUGCCCCCAUUCACUUGUAUUUGCUAUUCAAUA